AUGAAACCCCCCUGGGGAGUUUUCCUCCUUUUACUGCUCGCGCAUUUUUCAACAUGUACUAAUGGAUACAGAAAGAGGAUGGGCAAUGCCCUGUAUAACUUCCUCCUUGGAAGUAGAAAUAACGAACGAAAAGAUACGCAAAUGAUGAGAAGGGGAAUGCACCAUGGGGUAAGGAAAAAAAGUGUGCACAGAUUAAAAGACGCUAAAGAUAUGCAUGUGGGACAAUUAAAAGUGGGUAGAGUGACAAACGUUGUUAAUAACGAUAUAUUUGUGAAAUUAAAAAAUGAUGAUAAUGAGCAAAUUAUAAUUAAGAAGGAAAAUAACUACCUGUUGGAAAAUGAACUUUUGUACGAAUAUUUAUACAGGAACAAUUUUAUUGACCAUGCAAUGUAUACUAGACUGAUGCGGAAGGGAAACCCUAAGUGGGAAGACCAAUCCCCAUAUGUACAAAAUGAUGACGUUAAAGAUUGCCUUGUUCUGGUAAAAGAAAUUGAUGAUAAAAAUAGAACAAUCGGAGAAUUAUUUACAAACGAAAUAAACAAAAGAAAAGAAAUAAUUUACGACAAAUUAAAUGAACUGAAAAAUUCAGAAAAAAAAAUUUUUAUACAAAUUGUAAAAAAUGUAAGGAAUAAAUAUUUUGUAGUUUUAAUAAAUGGAUGCAUAAAAGGGUAUUUGCUGUACGACGAAAAUGAUGAGAAGGACAAACACAAUGCGCAGCUCCUACAAGGGUCCAAAAACGCAACCCCCAAAAUAAGUGCAUACAUAAUUGACGUGAAUAAAAAACUCGAGUAUGUCUUUUUAAGUUUACAUAAAAUCCCCAAUAAUGAAAUAAAUGAAAAAUUACGAAAUUUGCAACAUACAAUUGUCGUGGAAAAUUUAUUUGAAAAUGUCUACUUCAAAGCGGAGGUGUCUGAUUUUUGUAAUGAUGGAAAUAAUAUAAUUGUGAAUAUUUUUGAGGCUAAAAAUAAUCCUGUUAAGGUGAAAAUAAAAUCUCAUAAUAUUAUUAACACGAGAAAUAUUUUGCGCAAUUUUGAUUACCUCAAAAAUAAAGUCAUAACACAUGAGUUUGCUCUGCACAAUUCGGCUGCCGUGGAGGACACCAAUGAAGAUCGUGCUCCAACCCACAAAAUGGGAAACAGAAGGGCGGAAGAAAGUGGCGACGCCCUUCACACAGGCGAAAGUGGCUCGUUUGAAACGCGCUACACAAGGGAUAUCGCCCCACAAGAGAAAAAAACAAAAGGGUCCAUACGCGCGAAGGACUACGCAGAUAAGUAUAAACAAUUCAAGCAAAACUUUUACGGAUGCAACGAAGAAGAUGCUCUCAAAUACAUCAACGUCGACGAUUACAUUUUUAAAAAGGAAAAAUUGCUUUACGUUCGAAUCGUGAACAAAACCUCGGACCCCAAUUUGUACGAAGGCAGCAUGGUUAACUCGGACCCAAUUACACACCAGAUAUAUGAACUUAUAAAAAGGAUGUCUACUGACCAAAAUGUCAUUCGGGAUUACGACUCCAUGUUGAGGUAUCCCUCCAAGGUUCUCGCUUUCUUUAACAAUUAUGUGAUUUUGUCCACCAGGGUUUUGAGCCCCGAGGCGGCGACAGUACAGGAAAGCGACUCCGAGAAUGGAGGAAAUACCCCUACCUGUGACACCACCGGGUGUAACAAAAUCAACAAGGAACACGUAAGAGACGUCAUCACGCUGAUCGAGAAGCGCUACAUCGAUUAUGAAAAUCUUAAAGAAGGAGACAUCUUCUUUUGCAGAUUUGAUAACAUUAAAACGAGAAACGCGCGUAACAUUUUUAACCUCUCCAAUAGCACUAUAAACAAAAUUUUUAAUUCAUACUUUAAGCGGGAGAAGGACAUAAUGGGGUUAGUCGGGCGGCGGGACGAUGACUCCCCGCGCUGGGACAAGAAGAGUCUCUCAAAAGCGGAACGGGGAAGGGAUAGUCCCCACCAAGGGCUCAACAUAGAAGAGCGCCCCAAGUUGCCCGAGCAGCAGAAAUCGCCUGAACAGCAGAAAUCCCCUGAGCAGCAAAUUUUCGAAGAAAUUUUUUUCUCCAAGAGGGACUUCUACUUCAUGAGAGGAGAACUACACAAGGACACUGAAUACCGUCUCAACAAAAACAACAUAGACAAGAAUUUCAAACUCUUAAAGAACAUAUGUGACACGUACUACUCGGGAAUUAACAAGGCAUACCAUCACUACCCAAGCAUACGAGAAGAAUAUAUUUUGGCCUACCUGGGAAAGGAAAAUUAUAAGUUAUACAGAAAAAUUGUGGCUGAUUAUUUCUCAUCGAAUGAGCAUUCCUAUAAGGAAUUUUUGCAAACAGAUUGUGAAGGCAUCCUUAUGACUGUCUUCGACAUGGCAUUUGAAAAUCCGAACGCAUUAACAGUACAGGUGAUACAAAAUUACAACAAAGAGCUAUAUGAAAAAAUCCCCAUGCUAAAUCUUAACGAACUAAAUUACUUGCUGAAGGACCUAGAUAAAUUAAAAAAAAAAUUGUAUAUAUACCCAUGUACCUACAAUAGCAAAAUUGGAAGAAUGAAUCUCACAUUAAAUAAUAUGAAGCCCAUAAAAAAGGAACACAUUGAAAACUUGCAAAUUCGUGAAGACGUAAAAAAUGAGCUGCUAAAGGCAUAUAAAAAUUUCGUCUUCCCCGUUGAGUAUAUAAAAGAGACCAUUAUAAAAAAGAAACAGGCCAAGUGUCGGGAAAAUGACAAAAUGCAAUCCAUUUACAUUUUGGCAGAAGAAACAAUAAACCUUUAUGAGAAUUCUGCCAAGGACGUCGAGCCGCUCAGUGAUGAGCAAAUUGGUAUCCUCAGGGGCCACAUUUUGAAGAAACGCAAGUCCAUCGCGGGAGAUAUGGUUGAAGAAGACUCUUUCCGCGGCGACCUCUUCGAGCCGGAAAACGGCCAAAUCAGACGCCUCCUACACAUGAUAAAACAAGACCUGGAGAAGCAGAAAAAGAAAAACAAGAUAGACGAAGUGGACCGUGAGUAUGAAGAAGAACAAAACAGUUACAGCGAUGCCACAGACCUCUACAAGACGUACCCAGAACUCCAAGAAAUGGACAAGCUCACCGAAGAUGCCUUUCAUAUGAAAAUUCCCUUUGUAGAAUGA